CUCGCAGCUUCAUCGAAUCCCAUUCGCCGAACAGAGCAACUCAAUCACUACCCAACAGUGUUGGUUGUGUGCGACGCUGUGUUUUAAAUCCGUGCAACCGGGUACGACUAGUACAUGGAAAAAUGGCAACAAUUUUCGCUGAUACUGUCCAGCUUCGGUUUCCUAAAGGAAUUCCGACCUAGUGAGCCGUUCGUGUAUCCGUUUCUGAUUGGACCGUGCUACAACAUCACAAUCGCGCAAGCCCAAGAUGUGUUAUCCAUCGGGACGUAUUCGUACAUGGCACAGUUGGUGGUGGUUUUCCUGAUUACGGAUUACUUCCGGUACAAGCCGCUUAUCAUCGUUGCCGGACUGGCUGGUACACUCGUUUGGAUUAUGUUCGUGUGGAGUAGCUCGCUUCGGGCGUUGCAACUGCUGGAAGUUUUCUACGGUACGUACAUGGCAGCCGAUAUCGCCUACUGGACGUACAUCUAUGCGAAGGUGGAUCGGAAGCACUACCAGAAGGUCACGUCGCAUAUCCGCUCCGCGACACAGGCUGGUCGAUUUCUGACUUUGACGUUAUCCAAAAUUCUCAUCUACUAUGAAGUGACGGAUUACCUUGGCUUGAACUACAUUUCGUUGGGCGCACAACUCGCUACUACGAUUUGGGCAUUUCUGCUACCACACGUUCACCGAAAAGAGCAGGACACGGAAGAAAAAUUGGAUCUAGAUCCAAUCCAGAAGAUUACUCCCAGUUCAACCUGUAGUCGUACGAGUAGCCAUCUCUGGUUUCACUUCAAAUCUGCCUACACCAGUUUCACCGUCAUUCGAUACAGUAUCUGGUACUCGCUGGCAGUUUGUUUGUACUACCAAAUCACCACGUACGUACCGGCACUGUGGAAUAGAAUCGGGGGUCGAGAUGCCACACUUUGGAACGGAGCCGUGGAAGCGAUUCUUACUUUGAUAGGUUCGUUGGUGGCACUGCUAGCUGGAUUCGUAUCACCAUCUUGGCUUCAGAUGAACACGACCUUACUGGGCCUGGCCGCGAUUGCCGUGCUGGAAGGACUGGGGUUGCUAGUAGCAACCGUUACUUCAAACAUCAUGGUUUCCUACGUUGGAUUUUCCGUACUUGUAAUUAUGCAUGCUUUCGCAAUUACGCUGGUGAGUUCGGAAAUUGCGAAACACGUUCCGGAUGCCAGUUUUGCACUGGUCUUCGGCAUCAGCACGUUGGUGGGACUGGUUUCGCGGACUCUGUUGAACCUAGCCGUGGCUGAUAUUGAUGGUUGGUUUGCGCUAGACAUUCGAGAGCAGUUUACGGUGUAUGGGUUCGGUUUGCUGGGAGUUGGAGUGCUGUUUGCCAUUUUCCUGCUGGUGGAAUUGGGUCGGAGGAAAUGCUAUCGUUUACAGAGUUUGUUGCAAUUAAAUAAAGAUGGCGUUGCAUGA